CUUGGACUGCUGCAAACGUUUAUCAGUUCCUGAAAGAAAGCUGUAACUCAUCUAUAAAUGCAGAUGUGAGCGCAUUCCCAGCAUGUUCUGUGGCUGGUAUUCCAGGUGUAAAGAAAUGGUAUUUUGCAAGUCAUGUUAUAUGUGGUUAUUAUCAGUUCUGCAGUUCUGACUGGGAGGAAAUAAAUUUUGACACACAGAAAAAUGAAGACUCUCUCCAAACAAGUAUUGACGAAUGCCUGGGAGCCAUACAGAAUUUUGAGGAAGAAGACAAUAACAGUAGAGAGUCACUGUCUAUGACUGACAUUUAUGAUGAAGCUGCAGAAAGUCUGCAUCAGUUAGCUGAUAAACUCCCUGCCCCAGGCAGAGCAAUGGUUGAUGUAAUCCUGAAGGCUGUUGAAUGCGAUGGACCCAAGUUGAAAGAUUGCUUACCUGUUAUCGGUGCUCUGAAACACCUGAGAGAAUGGCACUCUGCGCAAGUCACUAUUGCGGCAAAUGACUCUAAAGGUAGCUGGCAAAAGAUUGCAGAUUAUCUAUCAGCAGACUUUGUGUCUUCAGAUAAUGUCAUGAAUAUUAUUGAUUUAAAAGAACUCUGGAGAGGAAGGAUUCAGAUAUGGGAAAGAAAGUUUGGAUCAGAAGUUAGGUUUCCAGAAUUUUGUUUGAAGAGCACUUCAGCAAAGACAUUCAGCACUUCAUGUUUAAGUUCUUGCUUUGCAGUUAAAAAAGAGCAACAAUCGAGGAAUACUGAUGCUUUGCCAGAGGUUUUUCAUUACUACGGUCCUGCGCUAGAGUUUUUACAGAUGGUGGUGCUCUCUGAUCUACCUUCCUUUUGUAUAUCUGAUCUGGAAUUCAAUCUGAGCCUGACAAGAAAGAGCAUCAAGGAGACAUCGUCACUGCUUUUGGAUCAGAUUUCUUCUUUCUCUGGGAAGGUGGGAGCUUUAUUUACAUUGCCAUGUAAUGUAAGCAGCGCAGUGAUCCCAUCCCCUGCCCAGCUCAGUGCAAAGAAAUGGAAGGAAUAUAUGGCUAGGAAGCCCAGGGUCAUUACUGUUCCAGAAAUUGAACUGAAAGGAGAAUCUUGCCGAUAUUAUUUCUUGAUACAAGGUAAUGGCUCUGGAGGAUGUAAAGCAACCUUGAUUCAUUCAGCUAGCCAGAUCAAUGGUAUGGCUGCUCUUGCUGCAGUAAAUGGGAAGCUAAAGACAAAAGCAGAAGAAACAGAGUCGAGCUUUUGUAUUGCUGACUUUAUCAAGUCUCUGCCACAUUUUUGUGGAGAGGAGAUUAUACAGAGAGAAAAGAAACUGUCUCAUCUCCAAGCAUUUGCCUUGAAGGAAUAUCUCAAGAGAAAAGAAUUGACUGAGCAGCCUCCAGUUAUUUCUACUCCUGAGUUUAAAAAUUUGUUAGAACUUACAAGAGAACGUUUUUUGGACCUGUGCAACACUAGUCUUCCUAAACCUGUUCUACAGAAGGUGGCCAAUAAAACUAGAUCAUGCACUGUGACUUCUG